AUGGCGUGGGCUACAGCAACGAAGUAUGUUAGAGAAGCUAAGCCGCUCGCCAGCAUUCAGCCAAGAACAAUAUUGUCCAGGCUAAUGAAACUCUGCAAGGCUAUGAAGGGACUAAAGAAGGUCGUUGACUACAACACUGCCCAAUGCCUCGUCCUUGCAGUGGUAAAGCCGUCGAGGAAUACUAAAAAAAAGCGGCAGUCGAAGAACAGACGAACGCCUUUAAGUAGAAGCAAGAUGAACCGUGGCACGCAGCGCGGUUUUAGAGGACCAAGAGGAGCCCACUCUGAUCCCCAACAACACAACCGUCAGUACGCUGACGCUGAGGCUCAGUACCAGACGUAUGAGCCUCAACCUCGCCAGGACUACAGAGAGUACGAGAAUACUCGUCGUGGCCGAGGACGAACGGGAGGAAACCGUAGCAAGAAGACUCCGGUUAGCCAGCCGCUUCAAAAAGCGACGGCUCCACCACCGUCAGGGCCUCCUGCCCCAACUAGACUGUCAAAAGCUAGUUCCACCCCGAAGAAUGACCCCAUAUACCAUGAAGCUUUGAUGCCUGAGCCCGGGCAAGAGGGAAGACCAUUAGCGGAUACGCUUAAAAACUUUCCAAGCUUCAAAGCAUAUUACGUCGCUUGUCAUGCCCUAGCGCGCAUGUAUAAGAUAAAGGACAAGAAUGGCAUUGUGCUUACCUUUAACGAACGUAGCUACAUGGAUAGUGUCUACGGACUACAUGGAUCCCUCCCCCAACUGAUUUCGACAUACCUAUCUGGUUUUGGCAACAUCACAUCCGAGAGCGGUCGAGAAUAUAAGUGCUCAUUCCGACGCCUUGAAUACGUGCCUGGUCCCGACCACAUGCACGGUGGAUGGUUCGGUCAAAUUGAUCAAGAUAACCACUUCAUGUACAUGGAGUAUCCCUGUCUUGCAGUAUUCGCCGAACGAAUUAUAAGAGAUUACGGCUUUACUGUCCAUCAAGACGCCAGAGAUUGGGAUCUUCCCGAUGGUAUAAGACCGGACGCUGACUGGAACGCCGGCUUACCCACGCCCAAUCUCCUAGGUAGAAGCAAGAUGAACCGUGGCACGCAGCGCGGUUUUAGAGGACCAAGAGGAGCCCACUCUGAUCCCCAACAACACAACCGUCAGUACGCUGACGCUGAGGCUCAGUACCAGACGUAUGAGCCUCAACCUCGCCAGGACUACAGAGAGUACGAGAAUACUCGUCGUGGCCGAGGACGAACGGGAGGAAACCGUAGCAAGAAGACUCCGGUUAGCCAGCCGCUUCAAAAAGCGACGGCUCCACCACCGUCAGGGCCUCCUGCCCCAACUAGACUGUCAAAAGCUAGUUCCACCCCGAAGAAUGACCCCAUAUACCAUGAAGCUUUGAUGCCUGAGCCCGGGCAAGAGGGAAGACCAUUAGCGGAUACGCUUAAAAACUUUCCAAGCUUCAAAGCAUAUUACGUCGCUUGUCAUGCCCUAGCGCGCAUGUAUAAGAUAAAGGACAAGAAUGGCAUUGUGCUUACCUUUAACGAACGUAGCUACAUGGAUAGUGUCUACGGACUACAUGGAUCCCUCCCCCAACUGAUUUCGACAUACCUAUCUGGUUUUGGCAACAUCACAUCCGAGAGCGGUCGAGAAUAUAAGUGCUCAUUCCGACGCCUUGAAUACGUGCCUGGUCCCGACCACAUGCACGGUGGAUGGUUCGGUCAAAUUGAUCAAGAUAACCACUUCAUGUACAUGGAGUAUCCCUGUCUUGCAGUAUUCGCCGAACGAAUUAUAAGAGAUUACGGCUUUACUGUCCAUCAAGACGCCAGAGAUUGGGAUCUUCCCGAUGAGAAAGCUAAUGACGACACCCAUAAAGUUGAUGACCAAAAGAAUCGGAACCCAAGCGGCAAGAUCUACCCUUCCAUCCAAGAGAAAAUCGUCCAGAUCCAAAAAUCUGGACGCAAAACUAACACGGAUUUGGAAAACCGAUUGACAAAAGAAAGCACUAGGCUGGCCGUACUUGUAGACAACUUGACCAAACAACUGGCUGCCCAAACUGACCUUCUCACUAGACAAAGCGGCCAGAUAGAACAGCUACAGAUCCAACUGGCCCAACUGCUUGCAAAUCAACAUGCUCAACUUGAACCCACUAAUGACGACGAAUCGUAUAAAGUCACCAACAAAAGGAAAAGAGUAGGGAGCUCUCCCACAAAGCCCAAAGAGCCUCUGGCAGCCCCUAGGCUGGGAUACUCCCCUCCUUAA